AUGAUUGUGUAUAUGGAUGUUUUCACUGGUGAUGAGAUGUAUAACGACUCAUUCACAAUUAGACAAGAAGGAUGCAUGGAUAUCAUCGACGCCAAAUUCAUUGAGAAGAGAGAAGAAGACUUCGGAAUUGCUUCUAAUGCUGAUGAAGAUGCCGAAGAAGGAGCUGCUGGUGAAGGACUUGAUGCCCCAGGCGUCGAGAAGGUCAUUGAUGUCGUUGAAGGAGCACAACUUGUCCAACAAGAUGGGUUCACCAAGUCUGCUUAUAUGGCACACAUCAAGGGGUAUUUCAAACACAUGAUCGAGCACUUGACUGCCACCAACCCAGAAAGAGUUGCUGGCUUCAAGACUGAGGCUCAAGCCUUCGUCAAGAAAGUCAUUGAAAACUUCAAGGACUGCACUUUCUACUCCGGAAAGUCCAUGGACGUCGAUGAUGGAUGCCUCAUUGUUUCAAUUUACCACGAUGGAACCAACCCAGUCUUCUACUUCUUCAGAGACGGAAUGAAACACGAGAGAUAUUAA